GUGGAGGACGAGGAGGCGGGUUCGAGCCGCAGCCCCGCUCGGGGCCCCGAGCGCUGCCGCCUGCGCUUCCGCGGCUUCCGCUACCCCGAGGCCGGGGGGCCGCGCGAGGCGCUGCGCCGGCUCCGGCAGCUCUGCCGGCUGUGGCUGCGGCCCGAGACGCACAGCAAGGAGCAGAUCGUGGAGCUGCUGGUGCUGGAGCAGUUCCUGGCCGUCCUGCCCGCGGAGCUGCGGGCCCGGGUGCGGGGACGGUGUCCGGAGAGCGGCGAGGAGGCCGUGGUGCUGCUGGAGGGUCCGCAGAGGCAGCUGGACGAGCCCAGGCCGCAGGUCCCAGGUGGUGACCAGGGGCAACGGCUCUGUUCCAAGAUGGCAGUGUUGACACCGGCUCGGAGGUCCCGAAGUCCCCAGUUCCAGCCGGUGAAGGCGCUGCUCGAGCGUGAAUCUGUGGGACCCCAGCCCUCCGCCGACGGAGCUCUCCAGGUGUCUGGGCUCGCCCUGGGAGGGUGCCACACGGGAGACACAGGGGUGGCUGCCAGGCUCACCCCAGAGUCCCAGGGGCUGCUGAAAAUGGAAGACGUGGCUCUGACCCUCUCCUCUGGAUGGACAGAGCUGGACUCAUCUCCGGUGAACCUGCACAGCGAUGAAAGGCAGGAGGACGGUGGCCACUGAGCUCCCUGGGUUGAGA